AUGGAGGCCAAGCUUCUCUCUUUCCUCGCUUCAACACCAUCCUCACCAACCCACCUUGUCCUCUCAAAACCUACAGGAACAGGACACAACCAUAUCUUCUCAGGAUUCUCACCUACCCGUCCAGGAUGUCACAGAAUCUCUACACCCAUUUACAACAACACUGGCAGUGAUGGUGGCAGCACCAGCAGUCCAGAAACUGACAGUAACAGCGUGCCGCAGCCACUGGCACCGGAUACCACGGGACUGCGAUUUCGAAAGAGGUCGAGAAGGCGGACGAAACUGCAGAGAGAGGAGGGCAGUGAUGGGGAUGGUGGACGGUUCACAAAGGCUCAAGCUAGUACUAAACCUUCUGCUGCUCCGAAGAAGUGGGAGGAUAUGAGUCUGGGUGAGAAGGCCUUGGAGCUUUAUGUGGGAGAGAAAGGGUUGCUAUUUUGGAUAAACAAGUUUGCUUAUGCUUCCAUUUACAUUGUGAUUGGAGCUUGGAUUUGCUUCAGGUUUGUUGGACCAGCACUUAACCUUUACCAGUUGGAUGCACCUCCUCUCUCUCCCACUUCAAUCCUCAAGGGUUCCUGA